GUGUGUUUGAAUUUAAUUUGGGAGCUCCGGGCGAUGGAGCCGGAUCAUCCAUGGAGGGCGGAGUACGCCAAAUCAUCGCGCGCGGCCUGCGGCGCCUGCCACGAAAAGAUCGACAAGGAUGAGCUGCGCCUUGGGAGGAUGGUUGAAUCGCCAAAAUUUGACGGAUGGAUCCCUGUUUGGCACCACUACUCAUGCAUCGCGGUGAAGAAGAACACCAUCUCUUCGAUAGAGGAUGUGGACGGAUUCGAUAACUUGCGCUGGGGAGAUCAAAAGAAACUGCGGAAGUACAUCGAAGGUGAUGAAGCAGGAGCGCUGGAAGAUAAUGAGGAAGAAAUCGAGGAGGCGGCAGCGCCUGCGGAGGAUUUGCCGAGUAAGAGCAAGAAGAAAGGAAAGAAAGAGAAAGGGAAACAGAAGACAGAACAAGAAGAGGAGACAUCGAGCUUUGAACACACCAUCGAGAUUGCCAAGGCUUCUCGAGCGAUAUGCCGAGUUUGCAAGGAGAAGCUAGUAAAAGGAGAGGCUCGCAUUUCCACUGUGGAGAAUGAGAAGUACAGGAGUCCGACCUUCAGGCAUGCCAAGUGCUUCGUGGAAUUUUUUGCCUGGGAUCAGCCCAUCGAGGAGCUUGACGGAUGGGACACGCUUGAUGAGUCGGAGCAGAAGGUCGUUCACGACGCUGUUGAGCCUUUCCUAAAACCCACACAAGAAAACAAGGAAGAAAUCAAAGAAGAGAAGGAAGAGGAACAGGAGAAGCAACAGGAAGAGAAGAAGGCAAAGCGGCAGUCGGAAGCGUCCGGUGAUGAUCAAAGCUCAAAGAAGAAGAAGCAAAAAGUGUCAGACGACUUUGAGAAGAAAAUGGAGCAACAGACAAAGGCACUCUGGAGUCUUCAGGAUGACUUGCAAAGGAACGUCUCACUCGAUGAAAUGAAAGAGAUGCUCGAGAUCAACAACGGAGCCAUGUCUAAAUCGGACAAAGAGAUUCGCGAGCGCUGUGCCGAUGGGAUGAUGUUUGGACCUUUCAAACCUUGUCCGCAGUGUGGCGGCCCUCUGCUUUACUCAGGAGGAAUGUACUCCUGCCAAGGCCACCUUUCAGAGUGGAGCAGAUGUAACUUCAAGACAUCAGAAGUCCAGCGUCAAGCGAAAUGGAAUAUUCCCAAAGGCUCGACGAAUCCAUUCCUCAGACAAUGGAACAAAACCCAGAAGACACCAAAAGAACCACGGCUGCUGAGGCCGUCUACUAAAAAUCUCAAUUCUGAAGCGCAUUUCCUCCGGGGACUUCAUGUUUUCUUUUUCGGAGCCAUGCAGGAAAAAACUCAGGAUGAGUGGAAGGCACUCAUAGAAGAGGCAAAAGGUGUUGUCCACAAGACCAUGGAUCCAGGCGUCACCGCUAUAAUUUCUACCGAAGCGGAAUUUUUUAAGGACGAAAGCCUAAGACAACUCGGAAUUCCGGCUGUGGCGGAGAGAUAUUUAACGGAAUGCAUGAAGAUGAAAAAGCGAUUGCCGCUCAAAGACUAUCGACUUGAAUCUUCGCGUACGAGUACUGCAAUGACGAAAGUGAAAGUUAAAGGUCGGAGUGCCGUGCAUGAAGACUCCGAAAUGCAAGAUAAAGGCCACGUUUUGGAAUCCGGGAGCGUGAUAUAUUCUGUGACUUUGAAUAAGUCUGACAUCUCGACUGGAAGAAACAGUUGUUACGUGCUCCAAAUUAUCGAAGAAGACAAGGGAAAUGCUUGCUAUGUCUUUCGAAAAUGGGGUCGUGUUGCUUCUGAGAGGGGGCACACGAAACUGGAGGCUUUCUCAAAACAAGGGGCCAUAGAAGAGUUCGAGAAGGGAUUUCUGGAUAAGACGGGGAAUGAAUGGCACUCAUGGGUGCGAAAGACGGGGUUUCAGAAAGUCCCAGGAAAAUAUUAUCCCGUAGAAAUCGACUAUGGAGCUGAUGAAGCACCUCAGAAAGAGUUAGCUACUGUUUCUGGAUCAAAGAGCAACCUUCAUCCGAGGGUUGUCAGCUUGAUGAAGAUGCUCUUUGACAUUGAGACAUACAAGUCCGCCAUGUUGGAGUUCGAAAUUAAUCCAAAUGAAAUGCCACUUGGGAAACUGACCAAAGCACACAUUGCAAAGGGAUUUGAUGUGCUCACCCGUAUACAAAACGUGUUAAAGCGAGAGCAACAAGAUCCUCGGCGUCAAGUAGAACUUAUUGACGGAAGCAACCAAUUCAACACUCUGAUCCCUUCGACUCACCCGACUCUAAUAGACGACGAGGAUGUUCUGAAAACGAAGAUUCAAAUGCUUGAGGCAUUGAGGGACAUUGAAAUUGCGUCGCAGCUCAUUAAGUCUGCGGAUGAAGAUGAUGAGUCGGAUCCACUGGACGUGCAUUACAAGAAGCUCAAGUGCGCUGUUUCGCCAGUUCCACAUGAUAGCCCCGAGUUUGAGCUCGUUAAGAACUACCUGGAAAGGACUCACGCACCAACUCAUACGGAAUGGGGACUGGAAGUCGAGGACGUUUUUGUUGUCAGUAGAGAUGGAGAGCACGAUCUGUACGCUCCAAUGAAAUCAACGCUUAAGAAUCGUAUGCUGCUAUGGCACGGUUCACGCACUACAAACUUCGUGGGAAUUUUGAGCCAAGGCUUACGGAUAGCCCCUCCUGAAGCACCGGCUACUGGCUAUAUGUUUGGCAAAGGUGUGUACUUUGCGGACCUGGUGAGUAAGAGCGCGCAGUACUGCUUCACGAACAGGUCCAAUCCAGUGGGGCUGAUGCUACUGUCCGAGGUUGCUCUUGGAGACAUUAAAGAGUAUACACACGCACAGUACAUGGAGAAGCCUCCGGCUGGAUACAUGGCCACGAAAGGAGUCGGGAGGACAAUGCCCGAUCCCAGCGAAUUCAAGGAGUUUGACGAUGGAGUCGUUGUCCCGUGCGGGCGUCCUGUGCCGUCUCAAGUUCGCAGCGACUUGCUGUACAACGAGUUCAUUGUGUACAGUACCUCACAGAUCCAGCUAAGGUUCCUGCUAAAGGUCCGGUUUAAGUACAAGAGGUGAAACACUGUAGAUAGUCACGAUCAUUUUUUGUUAUAUAUGCCUCGUUUGCGUUAAGGAUGUUCGCUUCUCGUGUUUUAAGUUCAAGGCUCAUUGAUUGAGUGAGUGUGA